AUCGACUGCUCGCGACCUUGGCCGUACCGACUGCAACCUGCAAAAGUCGCGACAUUUAUGUCGUGAAUCGUGCAUCCAAGGCUUCCUCCACCGACGCCAUCGGGUGCGCCGUCGGCGAUGAGGGUUCUGGGAGAGGAGGACGCUCUUUUUGAUUACCCCUCUUCCACUUCAACAGUCGCACUGUGGUUCUACAACAUCGACUUUGGCUGCGAUGGCUCCAAGACUAGGGUCGACUACAACCUGCGUCAGGGAACUGGGGAUCAAUAUCCUGCCACGUGCGGUCAAGUCUGCUCCCUCCCGCCAUUCUUGGUAACGGGUACUGGACAGCCGGUCGAAGUCAUCUUCGGUGGAAGUACUCCUUCGGUCGCAACCUUCGUCAUGGACAACAGACAGGGAUCUCGCUGUACGGGCAUCGACUAUGGCGGACAGACGCUGUGGUUCUACAACAUUGACUUUUCCUGCGAUGGCUCAAAGACGAGCGUCAACUACAACAUGAGGCUGGGUUCUGGUAUCUUGCCUGCCACCUGCAACAUAUCCAAAUCGUGCAAUCUUCCUCCAUACUCCUUCCUCACUCGCCCUGUCGAAGUCAGCUACGGAAUUCCAAGCGCCAUCACUCCUGUCAUGAGCUCCAUCAAGGACAUCCGGCCUAACUCGGAAUGCACUGGAAUCGACUAUGGCGGCAAUACUCUCUAUUUCAAGAAUACUGACUUUGAUUGCGAUGGCAUGAACCCUCGUGUCGACUACAACAAACGCCUCGCUUUCAACUCGUACCCUUCCAGCUGUGAUUCAUGCAUGCUCCCUCCGUUUGCAUACCUGAUGCGCCCGGUCGAAGUGAGUUACGGCAUCCCAAGCGCCAUUCCUGUCGUCAUGACCUUUGUCCGUGACAACAAGCCGGGCUCCAAGUGCACCGGAAUAGACUACAGCGGGAAUGUGCUUUGGUUCAAGAACUCAGACUUUAAUUGCGAUGGCAUGACAACUCGAGUUGACUACAACAACAGACUCCAGUCAUACAACACCUUGAUCUGUGGUUGAUGAGUUGAUUGAUCCGCGACCGUGAACGGGAAGAGCAUCUCCUUUUAGUCUUGUGGGGCCAAAUCGCACUACAUUAGCGCAGUCCAAGGCUUUGAAAACUGCGUGGCUCGGCCCACUUCGCCGGCCAUGGCCUGGCGAUGGGCUGGUGUGACUCCGAUUCGGCCAGUCGGACUCAUGUCGUUGAUAUAUUCGAGCGAGGGCACUGGUGGAGGAAGAGGGUGGAAUAUAAUGAAGCUCAGUGACCGUUGAUUCUUAACGCCGAGUCGCAGUGU